CGCAGUGACGAAGACGAAUAAGUUCAGGUUGUGUCUUUCGUGUGACUUUUGCUAAAUAGUUUCUUUUUUUCUGAACUGACGCGUCUUUCACGCUCUGGUUCAAAAAGACUUUAGAUAGGAGCUGUUCUGUUUGUCGUCACAAUUUUCGAGAGUAAAUUUGUUACGUUCCUUUAGCUUGAGUUGUUCGGAGCACGCUACCUAGCAUUAGCUUUGUUUGCCACCAGCUGGUAGUGACGCACUUUGACAUGUUUUGUUCAACAAAUGAGAGUUGAUGGGGUUUAUUGGCGUCCACAUCACGAUGGCGGCCACCCUUGUGCUUUGCUGAGUGUCAUGCUGAGACUAGCUCGUCUUUUUAGGGCGGUGACGUUAGCGAGAAGUGUCUGCAGCAGCGUUGAAGAAGACAUGGCCAAAGGCAAGUUUUUCUACGCGGUGAGGAAAGGAUUCAAACCUGGCGUCUACAACUCCUGGGACGAAUGUAAAGCCCAGGUGGACAAAUUCCCAGCAGCUGCCUUUAAGAAGUUUGCAUCUGAGAAGGACGCCUGGGCGUUUGUUCGAGGAGUGGAACCUCCCGGAGCUCCUCAGGUCACCAAAGCCGCAGCGUCAGACCUCAGUCUGCUUCCUAAGAGAGGACCUGAGCCUUUGGAGUACAUCCCGCUUGGGAAGAAGAGAAGUCAUGUAGAAGAAGAGGAGGUGGUCCCAUCCAAACGGGUCAAAGAGACUGACAGCGCUUGUUCAGGCAGCACAGAUGGAUUCACAUACAUGGGCGACGCGGUGGUCGUGUACACGGACGGCUGCGCUACAUCCAAUGGGAAGCGCGGUGCUCGAGCCGGCAUUGGCGUCUACUGGGGCCCCCGCCAUCCCCUGAACGUUGCAGAGCGACUGCAGGGAAGACAAACCAACCAGCGUGCAGAAAUACAGGCAGCCUGCAAAGCACUGCAACAAGCCAAAGAACAAAACAUCAAGAAGCUGCUGGUCUACACGGACAGCAUGUUCACAAUCAACGGUGUCACCAAGUGGGUGAAGAACUGGAAGCUGAACGGAUGGAGGCUCAAGGACGGCGGUCCCGUCGUCAACAAAGACGACUUUGAGAAGCUGGACCGCCUCAACCAGGAGCUGCAGGUGGUCUGGAUGCACAUUCCAGGCCAUGCAGGCUACAGCGGCAACGAAGAGGCUGACAGAUUGUCGAGGGAAGGAGCUGCCAAGUCCACAGACAAUCUACACUGAGAACCGCUCUUAUUUUUUUUUUUUUAUUCCCUUUUCUUCUUCUGGUUUGGAUUGUUGCUCACAUUGGAUGUCCAUGUUCACUGUUUACUUUUUAUUUGUUAUUAAAAUUCUUGCCUCCCUCA